AUGACAAGUGCUGUUGCCGGUGGUGGUGGUGGUGGUGGUGAUUACUCCAAUGGUGGACACGGUGGUGGUGGUGGUGGCAAUGUCAAUGGCGACUACGCAGCAGCCAGCAGCGGUGGUGGUGGAUCGGGUGGCUAUGACGGCCCAGCCUCGGGACAUUCAGGACAUUCAGACAACUAUGGCUCAUCAGGAGGUAGUGGCUCUGUUGGUGGUGGCGGCAGUGCUGGUGGUUACAGUGGAGGCAACAACAUCGAGUCUGCCGGUGGAUCAGCCGGUGGAUACAGUGGUCACUCAGGUGGAAGCGGAAAUGGCGGAGGAAGAGUAGGAGGAUCUGGAGACUACAGCGGGGGCGGCGGUGGAAGUGGUGGACUGUCUGGUGGCCUACACUCCUCCGAUGACUCACCAGUUAUUCCGGUGAUUAUCAUUCAGAAGAGCGAUGACUCAGCUAAAUCAGCAGGAGGAGGUGCUGGCGGUGGUGGAUACUCUAAUGGCGGAGGAAACGUCGGCGGUGGAAAUGGUGGAAGUGGCUAUGGCGGCGGAGGAUUUAGCGGUGGUGCAAGUGGAGGAGGCGGUUACGGUGGAAGCUCUUCAGGCGGAGGAGGUGGAUUUGGUGGAGGAUUUUCAUCUGGAGGUGGUGGUGGCGGUGGCGGUUACAGCGGAUCGGGCGGAUUUGGCGGUGGAAACUUUGGCAGUGGAGGUGGUGGCAGUAGUAGCUCAUCAGGCUUCUCCAGUGGCUACGGAAAUGUUCAGUCAUCAUCGGGACCAUCAUCAGACGGAGGAUACAGCAAUGGAGGCCCAUCCGGAGGCUUUGGAGGAGGAUUUGGCCCCUCAGGAGGAGGCGGAUUCGGCUCUUCAGGAGGAGGAAAUGGAGGAGGCUACGGAAUGGCCAUGUCUUCAGGCUUUGGCGGCGGAAGUGGCUUCGGAUUUGCCGGACCAUCUGCUGGCGGCGCCGGAAAGCAGAGUGCCAAUGCCGGCUACAACCUCGGCCAGGCGUUCGCUAAUCUAGGCAUGAGCAUGGGCGGAUUCGGUGGAGGAUUCGGGGGCGGAAAUGGCGGCAACUUUGGCGGCUACAAUGCUGGCGGAAAUGCUGGUGGUGGCGGCGGUAACUUUGGCGGUAGUGCUGGUGGAGGAGGAGGCUACGGAAGUGGUGGAAAACAAUCAUUUGGCAAUGGCGGCGGCAACGGCGGUGGUGGCGGCGGUUAUGGUGGAUCAUCAGGCGGUG